AUGGAUUUGAAUAAUAUUAAGAAGUUAUUGCUUUUCCCUAGAACAAGUGAUGACUACCUUGCUGGAAUAGAUGGUUUUCUUCAGUUUGCAUAUAGGGAAAAGAGUCUUGAAGAUAAGAUCCGAUGCCCAUGUAAGAAGUGUGUAAACAAGUGGUUAUUAAGGCGGGAUGAAGUGUAUGAUCAUUUAGUAUGUCAUGGAAUGUUACUUGGAUAUAGUCCUUGGGGUUGUCAUGGUGAAACUGCAUCCUUCAUCUCUGCCAACAGCAGGGGAACACAGUCACAAAGUAGAGGGAUGGAUUGUAACAUGCGCCAACUAGUACAAGAUGCUUUUGGGAACACAAAUAAUGAUCCUCUAGUGAAUGAAUAUGAUGCACAAAAUUCUUUAAACAGUGGGCCAGACCAUGAAACAAAAACGUUCUAUGACUUGCUCCGAGAUGCUCAUGACCCUUUGUGGGAAGGGUGUGAACUUACAAGGCUUUCAUUUCUAGUUCUCUUGUUCCACAUAAAAUCAGUUAACAAGUGGAGUAAUAAAUCAUUAAAUGAUUUGCUUGCAAUCUUGCAACAAGCAAUUCCAAAUGGUAAGAAUUUACCUAGAACAUUUGCUGAAGCGAAGAAGAUAAUAGGAAAGCUUGGACUUAAUUAUGUCAAAAUUCAUGUUUGUCCAAAUAACUGCCAACUUUAUAGGAAAGAUAAGGCAAACGAUGACUUUUGCUCAAAAUGUGGUACUUCAAGGUGGAAAAACAAAGAAGAUAAAACAACCUUAACAAAGAAGGAAAGGAGAAGGGCAACACCAAGGAAAGUGUUACGGUACUUCCCAAUUAAGCCAAGACUUAAAAGAUUAUUUAUGCACAAGGAAACAGCAAUAACAUUAAGAUGGCAUGAUGAGGGUCGUACAAAGGAUGGUGUGUUGCGUCAUCCAGCUGACUCAGAGGCUUGGAAGUCCAUUGACCUUAGGAAUCCGCAGUUUGCAUCGGAUUCUCGAAACAUCAGGUUUGCAAUGGCUAGUGAUGGAUUUAAUCCAUUUGGGACAUUGAGUUCAACUUAUAGUUGUUGGCCAGUUGUCUUGAUUCCAUAUAACCUUCCUCCAUGGUUAUGCAUGAAAGCAUCUUCUAUUAUUCUUGCACUAAUAAUUCCUGGUCCAUCUUACCCUGGAAAGGAGUUUCAUGUAUUUAUGGAACCAGUUUAUGAAGAGUUAUUUGAUUUAUUUGAGGUUGGAACUCCUACAUAUGAUGCAUCUCGAAAUGAGAUGUUUCAGCUUCGUGCUACAGUACUGUUCACAGUUAGUGACUAUCCUGGGAUUGGAAUCUUUGCGGGAUAUAGUGUCAAUGGUGAAUUUGCUUGUAUUUCGUGUCGUGAAGAAACAUGCUCUAAACGUUUGAAACAUGGACACAAGUAUUGUUUCAUGGGACAUCGUCGAUUUCUUCCUCCGGACCAUGAAAUGCGAUAUAAUGAAAAUUCUUUUGAUGGAACUGAAGAACAUAGACUAGAACCCCUUGCUUAUUCUGAAACAUCAGUUUUACAAAAGAUUGAGACAAUUAAUAAUUUUGAGAAGUCAAAAACAUGGAAAUGCCUUAGUGGUUUAUUUUCGUUGCCUUACUGGGACUUGAAUUUACUCCAUCAUAAUCUCGAUGUAAUGCAUAUUGAGAAGAAUGUGUGUGAUAACAUAUAUGGGACAUUGUUAGGACUGGAAGGCAAAUCAAAGGAUAAUUUACAAGCACGCUUAGACCUACAAGAAAUGAAUAUAAGGCCAGAUUUGCAUCCCAUAAGAAAAGCAAAUAAUAAGUAUUAUUUGCCUCCUGCUUCGUAUACAAUGUCUAAACGGGAGAAACAACAAUUUUGCAAAGUUCUCCAUGAUAUUAAGGUUCCAGAUGGAUAUGCAGGAAACAUCUCAAAAUGUAUAAAUGUUACUCAAGGGAAAAUUUCAGAGAACUAA